AUGCAUUCCGUUCUGCUUUUCAGCGCGGACGUAGAGGAAGCUCUUCGUUCAUAGGUUAAAAAUACGGAGAAGGCCAAGGAAGAGGCUAUGAAACUGUUAAAGUCUGGUGCCAUUUCUUUUGGAAACGCUACUGAAAAGCAUGUCUUUAAGAGGAAAGCCAGGGAGUCGGACCUUUUGUCUGGCGAUGUAGAAGACACGUCAGGUCAACCAAAAAGCAAAAAAAUUAAUUUGUACGAAAACUUCGUCUAUGGUGAAAGGAUGCAGCCGGCCUCUUCGCAGCCUCCAACCAAGUUGCCGUCAGAGCCUUGUUCAAAUGAAACUAUAAACUCAACUGAUGUUAACCGCGGCCGAAAGUUCAGUCGUUCGCCUUUGAACCUCGACGAACAGACUAGUGAAACGCUAACAGCGAACAAAUCCUCUAGUAGUCACGCUCAAGAGUCCUCUUUUUUCUCCAAUCAAUCGUCUUUUAAAGAAGAUUCCUAUAAUCGCAGGCGAGGUGGCUCAACGAUAUACAUAAGCUGUCCUGACAUAUCAGAAUCCAUUAUUCGGCAAAUAUUAGAGCCCUAUGGACCCAUUCAACGUAUUAGGCUGGACGAACGGAAAAGCUACGCGUUUGUAACUCUCAGUUCUCCAGAGGAAGCAGAAAAAGCCCUUCAAUUGGACAGAACUAUGUUUGAUAACCGCCGCUUCCGCGUCAACUACGCACGCCGUCAAUUUAAGUUCUCCAGUGAAGGUGAAUUACCUCAUGGCGAUCGGUACCCACCUCCGCCACGUUCUUAUGGUUAG